UUUUCUCAAGCCCCCAACGUCAUAAAAUCCACCCGGAUUCUCCCUCCCGCGAAACCAAACAACCCAACCCAACCCAACCAAAAUCCCACCCUCCGCCAUGCCUCGCCUCCACCUCCUCCUCCUCGCCGUCCUCGCCGUCGCCGCCGCGGCGGCGGAAGCGGCGGCGGAGAAGAAGCCGACGGCGUACGAGGUCCUGGAGUCCUACGACUUCCCCGUCGGCAUCCUCCCCAAGGGGGUCACCUCCUACACGCUCGAGGCCACCACGGGCGACUUCACGGCGACGCUCGACACCGGCGACGACGACGACUCAUCCUCCUCCACCUGCGAGUUCGCCAUCGAGGGCUCCUACUCGCUCCGCUACCAGCGCGCCAUCACCGGCCGCAUCGCCACGGGGCACCUCACCGACCUCCGCGGCGUCGCCGUCAAGGUCCUCUUCUUCUGGCUCAACAUCGUCGAGGUCACCCGCCGCGGGGACCGCCUCGAGUUCUCCGUCGGCAUCGCCUCCGCCGACUUCACCGUCGACAACUUCCUCGAGUCCCCGCAGUGCGGCUGCGGCUUCGACUGCGACGACGACGGCAUCUCCUCCUCCUCGUCCCUCCCGCCGCCGCUCGAGCCCAGCCUGCUGCGACUGCGAGGUGCGUUCUAGAAUCCCCAUCCUUCCUCCAACCCAAUCUGCGAUGACGUCAUCAAUGGGGAGCUCUAUUAAUUACUGUUGGUACUAGUACUAGAAAUGAUUCCCAAUUAACUGUCUAAAUAAGACGCAAGUGUCCCCAGCUUUUAGAUGGGACUCUCACGAGUUCAGAACACCAUUUCAUUCUCAUAUGUAUGGGUGGGGUCUUGUAUUGUACUCUAUCAAGGCAGUUCAUAAAUAGUAUGAAAUUGGGAUCAAUAACGAAGUCUUCUUCAGUUCACAACUCGUUUGAGGUUCUCCCUGUUCUGUAACCUGCAACUUUUAGCAAAAACUUGCAGUGUUGGAUGUAUUUCGAGUGGCCAGGAAUUUGUUUCUUGAAUCCAGAGGCAUGUUUAGAA